UGUUACGGAGCGUUGGAUUGGACUGUUUGUGAAUGACACGGGCAGCGCGCCAACCAGGAGGUGAGUAGCUCACAACGACCAAUCAGGAAUCAGCGCUAGACACGCCCACAAACGCUGAACACUGGAAGUGGGUGAUUUUGAAUCAGAUAAUCAUGGCUGAGAUGGAGGCAGAGGUUGAAACGAAGAAAAGCAAAACGCUCAUCAUACGACAUCUACCCAAAGAACUUAACAGAGAUGAGAAGGAGGAUCUCCUGAAGUAUUUUGGUGCCUCCUCCGUCAGAGUGCAGUCAGACAAAGGACCCCUAAAACAUACGGCAUUCGCAAGUUUUAGCAGCGAAGCUUCAGCGUCAAAGGCACUGAACAGACUUCAUCAGCUGAAAAUCCUUGGUCACACGCUUGUCGUUGAGUUUGCAAAGGAUCAGGACAAUGUCACUGUAUUAAAAGACCCACCUGUUACUGACAGUGGAGCUGAUACCCGAGCAGAAAAGGGAAAGGAAAAACAGCAACACAACGUGCCUCUGGUGGACAACAGCAUUGCUCCAAGUCUGGGGUUGAAAUUUCAAAGAAAUCCGACGCUGAAAUAUUUUUACCCUCCUCCUUCAAGUGGGAUUUUGACAAACAUUGCACACACGCUUCUCAGUGUGCCCAAGUUCUACGUUCAAGUUCUUCACCUGAUGAAUAAAAUGAACCUCCCUUCACCAUUUGGUCCAGUGACUGCUCCUCCUCCAAUGUUUGAGUUGCCCCCAGGUCCUUUGCCGCCCAUGCCCCCACCCUACCCUCCAGAGAACCCCCCACUUCCAGAGGAGGGGGCGUCGGGUAGUGACGAAUCUGAGUAUGAGAGCGGAGAUGAUGAAGACAAAGAAAGGAUGAUCAGACUGAUGGGUCUUGUUAACCAGCCAUGCAAAAGACAGCUGCGAGCAAAGGCUUCUUCUAAGAGGAAGAAACCUAGACUUAAGGAUCUCCUGUUUGUUCCCAAACCUGAUAUUCAUGGCGCCUCAGGCCCAGUCUUGCAGCCAGAAGACGUGUUCGAACAACCUCAAUCACUAGGACAGAAAAAGAUUGAGUUUCAUAUAUCAGCGGAGGGGUCCUCCAUCCUCGAGGGGCCCGAACAGGAUCAGGAGCCGCAUUUCACAGAUGCAGAAGACACGGCUAAGACGGAGGCUCCCGUCCAGGAAGCUACAGAAGGGUUCGGAAAGAUCUACCCAAGCGCUCAGGUCCCCAGACAAGAGGAAGAUAUGGAUGAAGAUGAAGACAUACCAUCCGAGUUCAUCUCCAGGAGAGAGCUAGAGAGAGGCAGACUCUCUCGAGAUGAGAUAAAAAAAUUGUCUGUGUUUAAGAAGUACGAACCCGGAGAACCAACCAGUAGACUUUACGUGAAAAAUAUUGCAAAGCAAGUAGAAGAAAAAGAUCUGAAGUUCAUCUACGGACGGUAUAUCGACAUCUCCUCAGAGGAGCAGAGAAACAUGUUCGAUAUUGUGUUGAUGAGAGAGGGGCGGAUGAAAGGCCAGGCUUUCGUCGGCCUGCCAAACGAGAAGAGUGCAGAGAAAGCCUUGAAGGAAACCAAUGGAUAUGUUCUCCAUGACAAACCUUUAGUAGUGCAAUUUGCCCGAUCUGCAAAGCCUAAACCGGAAUCUGCCAAUCCAACAAAAGGAGGAAAAAAAUCCUAAACUGGUGGGAAAGAGGACACAUUCAGAUUGUAUUGCGGAGUGCUGCUGUUGAUUCCUGUUGGGCCAAAUUUUUUCUUUUUUUAUAUUUUUGCAAUAAAAUAUAAAUACAAUAUGCUUGUUUCUUUGGUCUCUAACCUUUAUUGAAACUGCCAGACAGUUUUGAGACCUCACAACAAUAUUGCCUAUGUAAAUACUUAUUUUAUUUUUAAUAUCAUUGUAUUAAUGUGGGUUGUUUGUGUGCGCUGGAUAAAAAAAGGUCGGUCCUGGUAUUUAAUAGUAAUGGUACCAGUAUUGUUGGAUUUGUCUUUGAUGUGAAGGAGAAUAAAUUCAGAAAUAACUAUCA